AUGGAGGACCUAGCGGAAUUGGAACAACCUAAUAUUUUAGAUGAACCUUUGCAUGGAAUUUAUAUCCCCAGUUGUUUGUUCUUGGCUGGUAUAGCUAUUACGACAUAUCUAUCUGGAGCACUUCAAAUUCUAUUGGCUUUGCCAAUCUUCUUUGCAUUCGUGGGCUACAGGGCUUAUGCGGCAUAUCAACGUAAGAUCUCCAUCAGAAGCGAUAAAUGGUCGUCGUUAGAACUUGUGGAUCAAACUGUCGUAUCGAAAAAUACGGCAAUUUAUCGCUUCAACCUGAAAACUUCAUUUGAGACAUUAGACUUUGACCCCGGUCGGCAUUUAAUGGUAAAGGUACCAAUCGAUGGGGGUCAUGAAAUCAGGUACUAUUCACCAAUCUCUCCCAAUUUUGCCAAGGGUUACUUCGAUAUAAUGAUUAAAUCUUAUCCUGAGGGUCAAGUUUCCAAGUACUUCGCAAGCUUGAAACCCGGCCAAUUAGUUGAUUUCAAAGGUCCAGUAGGUAACUUUAACUAUACCACUAAUUCAUCAAAAUCCUUGGCUAUUGUAGCGGGCGGUACAGGUAUUACUCCAAUUUUACAAAUUUUAAAUGAGAUAAUUACGACUCCGGAAGAUGUCACCAAAAUCUCAUUAAUUUAUGCAAAUGAUACCGAGAAUGACAUUUUGUUAAAAGAAGAAUUGGACGAAAUGGCUGAAAAAUACCCGUACUUUGAUGUUCAUUAUGUUCUAAGAACGCCACCAGAUAACUGGAGUAGUUCUAUCGGUCUCAUAACGCAGGACUUGAUGGAAGGUUUCUUACCAGACUCCUCCGAUGACAACAGACUUCUAAUAUGUGGACCAGAGGGUAUGAAUAGUUCCGUAUUAGCAUACGCUAAAAAUUUAGGCUGGAAGGUAACUGGCGAAGCGUCAAAAGGAGAUGAUCAAGUGUUUGUAUUUUAA